CGCGGCAUCUACUCCACUGCCAAGCUGGUGCUGGGGAGCACGGUGGGCGAGCUGGAGGAGGUGGCAGUGGGGCUGCCGGCCCACCCGAAGCGGGGAGUGAGCGGCGUCGGCGAGCUGGAGAUCCGUGAGGUAAUUGUGGACGAGAAGCCCUUCCAGUGCGGAGUCUGUGAGAAGGCCUUCAAGCGGGCCUGGGAGCUCUUCAGCCAUGAGGUGGUACACAACGAGGAACGUCCCUUCCGCUGUGACCUCUGCCAGGCCUCCUUCAAGCGCCACUCGGACUUCAAAAGCCACCGGCUGGGCCCACAGAGGAGCGCCCCUUCCGCUGCGAGCUCUGUGGCAAGCGCUUCAAGCGCUCCUCCAACCUCCAAGAGCACCGGCGCAUCCACAGCGGCGAGCGUCCCUUCCGCUGCCCCCGCUGCGCCAAGAGCUUCAAGACCCCCUACGAGUUGCAGCGCCACGCACUCACCCACUGCGCCGAGAAGCCCUUCAAGUGCGCAGACUGCGGGAAGGACUUCCCCACCUCCAACGCCCUCCUCCUCCACCAGCGCCAGCACUGCGACGACAAACCCCACGUCUGCGGGGUCUGCGGGCUUCAAGCAAUCCAACGCCCUCUCCUCCCACGAGCGGGUGCACACCGGUGAGCGCCCCUUCGUCUGCAAAACCUGUGGGAAGGCGUUCAAGCAGUCGUCCUACCUGGUGAUCCACGAGCGGGCGCACACGGGGGAACGCCCUUACAAGUGCGAGGUCUGCGGGAAGGCCUUUGCCCGGCCCUCCUUGCUCCUCCAGCACCACCGCGUGCACAGCCAGGAGCGGCCCUACAAGUGCAGCUUCUGCCACAAGUUCUUCAAGGACCUGGCCUACCUGGCUGUGCACGAGAAGGUGCACACGGGUGAGACCCCUUACAAGUGCAGCGUCUGCAACAAGGGCUUCGCUCACCCCUCUAACCUGCUGCAGCACCAGCGCGUGCACCGCGAUGGCUGA